UGUGUUUUACUUAACGCUCGCAACGAUCGCGCGCAUCAUCCUAUUCUUGUUUUCCUUGAAUGUUAAACAAAGACAGAACGAUGCUUGCGAUCGUUGCAAGAGUUAAGUGGAACCUGCUCUAAGUAGUUUCAUUUUGAAAAUAGGUGCAGAUGGUGUAUGAAACAUAAUCGUGUAAAGUGGUGUCUCUUUGCUCGUGUACGAAAGAUUGUCUAUUAAAUAGUAUUGUGUCAUCUGACGUUUCACGUGGAAUUUGUAACAAAAACUACUUUAGAAAGAAACAGAAAUAUGCCAACAUACGAAAUGCCACUAUUUUUGCGUAUUAUGAAAAAGCCAGAUGUGGUAGCAACUUUAAAGAGAACGAGUGAAACAAUAUUUAAGACAGGUGGUUUUAUUAGAAAAAUGGAGAAUUGGGGAACUAAAGAUUUGCCAUACAAAAUGUCUGCCAACGGACAAGUUCAUCGUCAGGCAAAUCGCUUUUUUAUAUGUUUUGAUGCACCUUCAAAUUCAAUAGACUAUAUCCUGGAUGAAUGUAAAAGAGAUAUUGAUGUCGUUAAACUACUUAUAUUUAAACAAUUCGUACCAGUCAAGAAGGAAUGUACGUUCCAAGAAGAAAUGUUGCCACCAGCAUACAGGCCUAGCGUUCAAAAACUUAUAGAACAAGCGAACAAGCAGAAGAAAGACAAAAAUAAAUUUCAGUAUAACAGCGGACUGGACUAUUAUCCUUUUAAGAAAUAAGUAUAUUUUUUUCUUUCUGUCCAGUGUAGUAUCAUGUUAUAUUUGUUUCUCGAAAUAAAAUAUUUAUAAAACAUUAAACAAUAUAUUAUUAAAAAUAUCAA